AUGAACUCCUUAAGUGAACCCUGUGUACCAGAACAAAAUGCAAAUUCUACAAAAAAAAUGAAAACAUGUGCAAAUGCUAAUGAGGAUGAAAGAAAAUUGAUACCUCGAUUUCUUGUUAUAAAUAACACAACAGAUGAAAUUAAAAAAAUGUCACCUUUUUUAAUACAAAAACUUAUCAAGUCAUGUGCCGGAGAACCUAAAAAUAUCAAAAGACUUCGCUCAGGUGAUCUUCUAGUCGAAACUUUAUCUUCCAGCCAAUCUGCAACCCUUCUCAGUUUAAACAAAUUAGGAAAUGUAAGUGUAACAGUAUCACCUCACAAAUCUUUAAAUUAUAGCCGUGGAGUAAUAUCAGAAUUCGAUCUUCUCUGCGUUUCAGAAGAAGAAUUCGUGAGUGAACUCUCCCAUCAAAAUGUCUGUGCUGCAAGGCGAAUCAAGGUGCGCAGAGAGGGUAAGUUGAUAGAUACUAAAAACGUUAUCCUAACCUUCAACACACCUGAGUUGCCAAAAAGUGUAAGGGCCGGGUAUCUUCAUUGCCCAGUAAGACCCUACAUCCCAAACCCCAUGCGAUGUUUCCAGUGUCAGCGCUUUGGCCACUCAAAAAUGUCUUGUCGAGGCAAACCCACGUGUGCUCGCUGCUCCGUGGAGGGCCAUGACAGUGAUAGUUGUAAAGCUGUGCCACUGUGUGUCAAUUGUAAGGGGGAGCACACAGCAUUCUCUCGCUCAUGUCCUAAAUGGAAAGCUGAGAAGGAAGUACAGUCCUUGAAAGUGACUAAAAACUUAACAUAUGCAGAAGCUAGAAAAAUAAUAGCUAGUACACAUCCACGUUUAAAUGUUUCAUAUGCUGAGGCUGCAAAGAAAUUCAAAACAGUAGGAAUCCAAACUAAUCUAAGCAAUCUAUGUCAAAAGAUAAAUAACCAACGGGAAAAUACCUCUAAAAUAACAGUAAUAGAGUAUAAUGCAGGAAAUAAACUAACAAACUAG